AUGGCCUCCUCCUCGCCCACCCCGUGCCCCCGCCUCGCCCCGUGCCCUGCAUCCUCCGCGGCCUCCCCUUGCCGCGCCCGCCUCGCGGUCGGCGGCGGCGCGCGGGGGCUCGCGGCCAGUGUGCGCUGCCAGGCGCAGGCGGGCGACAUGGACGCGCACUACAUGCGCCGGUGCGUCGAGCUGGCGCGGAAGGCGGCCGGGCACACCAGCCCCAACCCCAUGGUGGGCUGCGUCCUCGUCCGCGACGGCCAAGUCGUCGGCGAGGGGUUUCACCCCAAAGCUGGACAGCCCCACGCCGAGGUAUUUGCGCUGAGAGAUGCAGGGGAUUUAGCGGAGAAUGCAACGGCUUAUGUGAGUUUGGAACCCUGCAACCACUAUGGCAGGACCCCUCCUUGCACUGAAGCUCUCAUUAAAGCCAGAGUUAAGGAGGUUGUGGUGGGGAUGACUGACCCUAAUCCCAUUGUAGCGUCCAAAGGGAUCGAAAAACUCCGGAACGCUGGGAUAGAUGUGAGGGUUGGCGUGGAGGAAGCAUUAUGCCUCAGAUUAAAUGAGGCUUACAUCCAUCGUAUGCUUACUGGGAGGGCCUUUGCAACAUUGAGAACUACACUGUCGAUGAAUGGAAUCGUCAUCAAUCAUGUCGGGAGUGGAGCUGAUGAACAAGGAGGAUACUACUCACAGUUAGUGAAAGAAUACGACGGAGUUAUGAUUUCAAGCGGGACCGCCAAGACGACCCCGUUACCUAAAUCACACGAAGCUGGUGCAAAGCAGCCUCUUUAUAUCAUCAUAGCACAGGGUGAAGGUUCUGCAUUACGCAUCCCAUUUCUCGACGAAGACUCUGCGUCUAAUGCUAUAGUUCUAUCGGACAGUCCUGUCACCGUGGAGCCAGCAGGAGUCAGCGUUUCAGUCCUCGAUCAGAUGAACUUGGAGUCCAUCCUACGGUUUCUCGCGGAUCGAGGGCUAUGCAGUGUGCUGGUGGAUUUCCGAGAUGCUGGCCCUGGCCUAGCGUUGCUGCUGAACAAGUUUCAGGAGGACAAGCUUGUGCAGAAGGUUGUUGCGGAGCUCUCUCCUGUGUGGAUGGUGAGCCCAGGGCCAAGCGAUCUCACGUUCGGUGGCAGCCAAUCGUUUCCGCUGAAGAAUGUGGAGCACAAGGAGGUGAAUGGAAUAUUGCUGCUUGAGGGUUAUUUGUAGCAUCAUCUUCUUUUGUGUUUGAGGAUUUGUGGCCCUUUUCUUUUGGAAAACUCUGAACAGUGUUAGAACCUGCAAUCAUUCAGAACUGAUUUCCUUGUUCUCCUUGUUUCA